CCUUUUGAGCAGGGGAAAGGAGCCGGGAAGGGGGUGUGGGAUGGCGGCGGGGCCGACGCGGCCUUCCCGGCCCCGGAAGGAGCCGCAGCCGCUGGUCAUUCCCCGGAGCGCUGCGGAGGAGCAGCGCCUCAAGUUGGAGCGGCUCAUGAGGAAUCCGGAUAAGACAGUUCCAAUUCCUGAAAAGCUCAACGAAUGGGCGCCCCGCCCACCUCCAGAAUUCGUCAGAGAUGUUAUGGGUUCCAGUGCUGGUGCUGGCAGUGGGGAAUUCCACGUCUACAGGCACCUUCGACGGCGAGAGUACCAGAGGCAAGAUUUUAUGGACGCCAUGGCUGAGAAGCAAAAACUGGACGAGGAAUAUCUGAAGAAGCUCACAGAGAACAAGAUAGCCGCAGAAGAACAGACAGCCAAGCGCAGACGGAAGCGCCAGAAAUUGAAAGAGAAGAAAAUGCUGGCAAAGAAGAGUAAGCUUGAACAAAAGAGCGAGGAUGCAGCCGCGGAUUCUGACCAGUCCCCAAAGCAGCAGACCAGCGAAGAGGAAGACGAAGACGCUUCCGAGGAGGAGGAAAAAGACAAUGCAGAAGACCCCAGCUUUAUGAUGAGGAGAUGAUGGUUUUGACACUGUGUGUAGUAUUCAUCUACUGUUGGGGAGCCUGGAUUCUUUACCAAGCAAGAGUUCCUCACCCCUCCCAAUGCUGUUUCAGACCUUCAUUAUGAUAGAGGCGUGGUCGUAAGAGCCUCACAGGGCGUCAGCCCCCAGUGACUUCCAAGCUUGGCUUGUGUAACUGUUGGGCUGUCUGCCACAGGGUUUCAGCAAGGAAAGUGUCAGCAUCGCAGCCCUGUGACCCUCCGGUUCUCCUAGCAUUGCUCCAAAGUGGUGUCUCUCUGAAAGCUAAUUCUUUAUCCAUCUGUAUUUUUUGGCUGGUCUUUCCCCCACUGAAACACCUAAGUACGCAAAUGGGCUUUUGUGGAAGAAGGUGGGCUUUAACUCUUAUUGCAGAGAACAUUCUGAACUUUCCUCUACGAGAAGAGAAGAGCAAACUCAUUCGGGCGUUUCUGCUAGGCUUCGUCUUCCGCCCUUGCAUUUCCGCCACAAGAUAGGCUUUACGAAGAGCGAGAAAAUCUCUCUUCGCUUCAGAAACGCGGUCAACUUUUCUCCUAAAAGUUUGUUAAUAAAAAAGGGGACCUCCGAGCAUUUUACUCGUCUGUGAAUGAUGCAAAGUGUGUUGUUUAUAGAAGGCUAGCCUUCCCUAACAUUGUGUCCUCCAGUUGUUUAGGAUUCAGUUCCCAUCAUCCCCUGCCAGCUUGGACAACGACCAGGGAUUAUGGUAGUCGUACCCCAAAAUAUCUGGAGGACACCAGGUUGGGGGAGGCUGAGUUAGAUUUCUCCUCUGUGGAUUUCUCUGCCAGUUAUGAUAAAUAAAUAUCACAAUACCUUUGAAUCACAGCUGCUCUGGGCAGAGAAUAUACUUCGCCCCUGACUGCACGAAACAAGAAGCUGGAUCUGGAUCCGUUCUUAUUUUGGUGUGCAACACAAUGGCCGCAGUAGUGGCUACACUAACCAGAACUGGAAAGUUUGCCAUGUUGUCCAAACCCAGGUUCCUGGCUUGUUGUUCCUUUCAGAAGCCAGGAUUUAUCAUUUAAAAAAACAAAACAUGCAUGCAUUUUUUAAAAAAAAUAUUAUGAAAUAAGAUAAAAAGGAGGGACCCUGGCAGACGCAAAAAGAGGCAUCUGAGGACAUUUUGGGACCAACGGAAACCACGUUGUAGAGCCCAUGACUAGGGUGGCCAGAAGUGCUAUUUUACUGAAGGUAGUCCUCUAUUUGAAGGUCCCUCAGAAGACAGUCCUCUGUUUAAUGUCCCUUCCUCUAGAGACGCUGCUCAGUCUGGUUUGGGGUCAGCAAUUUUCUCCCUCACCCAAUUCACCCCUGUUUGAACGGAGGUCCCAUAACUUCCACCACCUCACAGGAUUGCAGGUAGGGAAAGUGAGAUUACAUCGGCGAGAAAAACCAGUGAUUAGAUGUCUUGCCGCUACAAGGGCCUUCCAGAAACUCUCGAUCUAAGGCAAAACUAGCCAUGACAACAUUCACGCAAUGAGCAACUGGAUUUUGAGUUAUGAAGGGUGUUUAUUCAUUGAUUUACAGACCUCACAAAGCAGUUCACAUGAACUGAUUAAAACAAGAAAAUCAAUAAAAUAUGCAAUUUUAACAAACAA